GGGUUAAGUUAGGGUUUAACACGCGCACUUUCUCUCACUAGAGUUUCUUGAGGAAAACUCCACUACCUUUCUACAAAACCCUCAUUUCUCUCUCUAGAUCAGGCAAUCGCCAUUUCACUGGAAAACUUGAAUCAAUUCGAAAUACUACAGAAUGGGUAGCCAAGCCGCCGCGUCAUUUCUGACGAACAUCGCACGCGCCGCCUUCAGUCUCGGCAUCGGCGCCACCGUCGUGAACUCCUCUCUCUACACAGUCGACGGCGGCCAGCGCGCCGUUCUCUUCGACCGUUUCCGUGGAGUCAUCGAAGAGACCGUCGGUGAAGGGACUCACUUCCUAGUGCCAUGGCUCCAAAAGCCCUUCGUCUUCGAUAUCCGCACUCGCCCCCACACCUUCUCUUCCGUCUCAGGUACGAAAGAUCUGCAGAUGGUGAAUCUAACUCUGCGUGUGCUCUCACGCCCCGAAGUCAGUCGCCUACCCGACAUCUUCAAAACCCUAGGUCUGGAAUACGACGAGAAAGUCCUCCCCUCAAUCGGCAAUGAAGUUCUUAAAGCAGUGGUUGCUCAAUUCAACGCCGAUCAAUUGCUGACCGAGCGUCCACACGUUUCUGCCCUAGUGCGCGAGAGCUUGAUCCGCAGGGCGAAGGAUUUCAACAUCGUGCUUGAUGAUGUGGCGAUCACUCAUUUGUCGUAUGGAGCCGAGUUCUCGAAGGCUGUUGAGCAAAAGCAGGUGGCUCAGCAGGAGGCAGAGAGGUCUAAGUUUGUUGUGGCUAAAGCUGAACAGGAGAGAAGGGCUGCCAUUAUUAGGGCUGAAGGAGAGAGUGAGUCUGCGAAGCUGAUUUCUGAUGCAACUGCAGCUGCUGGAAUGAGUUUGAUUGAACUGAGGAAGAUUGAGGCUGCCAAGGAGAAUGUGUUGACCAUGUGCAAGAAUGGGAAUAUUAGCUAUCUACCUGGUGGCGCGAACAACAACAUGCUUCUCGGUCUCAAUGCUGCUCGUUGAUUACGAGGGCUUUGAGAUGACAGGAUUCCUGGUCGGCUUUUUGGCUGUUAGCGGUCUUUUAUUUUCUGGAAUAUUUGAAUCUUUACUAUUUUGCUACCCUUCGAUCAGUUGUAUGGAUAUCUAGCAGAAACUAAUGAUUGAAGCCUCUACCCUUUUUUUUAUUGAUGUGGAAGAUCUAUUUACGUUCUCUUGUUUAGGUUCUCGAGAAAUUAUAAUAAUUUUGAUGCCUAUGUUUCUUGUUUCUUGAAUGUGGCAAAUCCCCCUAAACAUUGUUGAUUGGUUUGCAAUGCCCCGGUGUCAACGGUUCUCUUUUUGUGAACAUCCUCAUAUUUUGACUUAAUUGUAUGGUUAUAUUUUUAGAUUGUA